UGAUACUUCAGCAUUGCGCAUCGAGAAAGUACAAACAGGUAGUUGGAUCUCAGAGAUCUUUUAUUCAUUUAUUCAGGCUAAGACUCCCACUCAAUCGUGUCGAACUCCGGAGUAAUCAUCAGUAUCUCCCCCUCCUACUUCGAAACAUACAUUAUAACUGAGCGUCCAAACCGAAUAUCAACCAAUUGCCCUCCACUCCUUUUCCCGACUUCACCCUAGCUAUAGGCUAGCUAGCUACCAAAUCACGAAAAAACCAUGCUAACGACAACGCCAUACCUCCGCAUCCGGCGCCCCUCGCCCACAGCCGCCGAAUUCACCGUGUCGACCCUAGCCCCUCCAACCCUGACCCUGCGCCUGACUCUCUACGCCAUCUACGUUCUCCGCGGCCUUUUAAGCGGAGCCAUCCUGCUCUUCCUCUACGCGCUCUGGACACAAGGUCCCUACGGCUCAUUCCCAUCCUCUUCCUCCUCGCAAAUCCUUUCCCCGACCCGCCUUCUCGGCAUGCUCCUCGCCUCUCGCCCCGGGGUAUCAGCGACACGCCUCGCGGCGCAGACGGACCCGCGCCUCGCCGUCCCCGUAUGCGCAGUGGCGCUGUACGCCCUGACGACGCGCUUGUAUACCGAGGAGUCGCUGCUCGUGCUCCGCGGCCUGGGCAUACAGACGCGCUCGACGAAGGGGAAUAUCCUCGCCGGCCGCGCCACCACGCGCUUCAUUCCCACGGAGAAGAUACAGGGUGUCCUGGUCAACGAGGCGUUCCUCGGGUUCGAGGUCCGGUCGUAUCUCGCUGUUGUCGUUGACGGCGAGCCUGAUGUCGUGGUUGUCUUUCCGAAGCUUUUGCCGCGGGCGAGGGUUGUAGAGAGGGUUUGGAGGGGUGUUAGGGAGUGCCUUUAUGAGCAGGGCGUGAGGAAUGGGGCCGUUUUGGAUGGGAAGAGUUGAGGUUUGAUGGGCUGUGCUAUACUGUGCUGUGCUAGGUGGUGGAUAACUGGCUAGAUUUUGGCAUCGUGUAUAUACUACGGAUGGCGUUUUCAGCAUAGACUGUUGGCGGUGGACUUGUUUGGUCUUUU